AUGACGCUUGCUCCAUCGAGUCCUGUGAUGAUGAAAUUUGCUCGACUCAAAUUCCAGAAGUCGAAUGCUGUGAUGAUCCCAGCAAUUUGUGAGGAUCCUAAAUGUCUUGAGAACCAUGAGUUAUUCGAUCACGAGAACAAUUUAUGUGAAACACAGCUGCAAAGGAUGGCGAUAUUUCGAAAUCUUUUAGAAAAUGUUCAAAAGAGUGUCGAGCUGCUGAGAGAUGUCAAGAAUGAAGAAGAAGAGGCACCUAAGAGGCAGUUCAAUGAAAUCGAGAGUUUUGCUACCAAGAGAAGGAAGGUCGAGCCACUAAGUUACGAUAAUAUCCAAAUUCACUUCCCUCAUCGUUGCCACCAAACCGCAGAUUCUAGAAAUGCGAAACCAGAUGUUCUUCCGGUGACAAAUACGGCGUUGUCCGAUGAACUACAACUGGUUGAUGAUAUGAAGGCAUUGAAAGCUCAUCAUAACUUGCAUCAAUCUUGCUUCCAUGCGAGAGUGCCAUCCUUUAAACAGGAGAGUUCGGAGUCUGCGCUUACGACUUCUUGUGAACAAAAUGAUUUUGAUUUUUUUCUCCAAUUCAACAAUUUUAAUCUGCUUUUCGGAGAGGAGCACGAGAAGAUAGGCUCACAAACUCACUUUGACAAUUCCGCAAUGCAACCACAGUCACCUAACGCUCCUUCCUCAUACUCAUGUAAGUGGGAAAAUUGUUGCAAGAAAGUUGAUGAUAACACUCUUUUGGAUCAUCUCAUCGGUGACCAUAUCAAUGAGGAAUAUUCAUUGGACAACCGCGAGAGAUCUCAAAAUCAUGCAUUUCAAUGCGAGUGGUAUAAUUGUGGUUUCACAAACGAAGAUUACGAGUCAUUUGUGAGCCAUCUCAGUACUCAUAGAGAAUUGAAUGAGGACAUAAGUUCAAGCAGUGCACCAGACACAGUCAAUACCAAACCUAUCUAUGCGGCUCCUUUGCUCUCUAGUUUGAGUGUCGAGGAUCUUCCUAAUUCCACGUACGACAAGGCUCGCCUAUACAGCAUUAGGAAAACUUCGAACGGUUACUGGCCAGUGUACAAGCGUCUACAAAAUACCAAGGUCUCAACUGAAGUCAAACGUGUGGACGGUAAUGUUCAUCUUUUUGCGAAAGAGCUUGUGCAACAUCUCGACACAACAAAUCCAAUUCAAGAAAAGUUGAAAAUUAAUUCUGUUACAGGGCUCGUGAGUAUCAAGGGUGAUCAUACCGAAAAAAUUGUAUCGUUUCUUGAGGAGAAUUACAGGUUAUGA